AUGGGUCCGGAACCGGUACCCACGCCCCGACGGUUCCCCCAGCCCCGUGGGAACCGGUCCGUGAGCGAUCGGUACCCCCUCAACAUCCAGAUGCUGUCCAGGACCCUCCAUGAACAGAUCUUCCGGGGGGCCCAGGUACACUUCUCAGCAAAGGAGAUCCAGAGGAGCGUGGAGCACCUGCAGCGCCACGACCUGUGGGGCAAGGAGACCUCCACGCUGCCUGACGUGGACCUGCAGCUGCCCCGCAUGUACGGGGACAACAUCGACGAGCAUUUUCGCCUCCUGGCGCAGAAACAGAGUUUGCCCUACCUGGAGGCGGCCAACGAGCUGCUGCGGUGUGAGCUGCCCCCCGAGCCCACGCAGUGGGCAUGGCAGCUCUGCUGGACCCGCUAUGGCCCCGAUGGGCAAGCGGAAGCCGUUGACUUCCCUGAGGAGCGGGCGGUGGUGUUGGACGUGGAGGUGUGCGUGGCUGAUGGCCACUGCCCGACGCUGGCCGUGGCGGUCUCACCACACGCCUGGUACUCGUGGUGCAGCAAGCGGCUGCUGGAGCAGCGGUACUCCUGGUCCAGCCACCUCACCCUGGCCGACCUCAUUCCCCUGGAGAGCCCACCAGGCACCAGCUGUGCUGGCAAGCAGGACUGGCUGGAGAGAGUGGUGGUGGGGCACAACGUAGCCUUUGACCGGGCGUUCAUCAAGGAACAAUACCUCAUCCAGGGCUCCCGGAUGCGUUUCCUGGACACCAUGAGCAUGCACAUGGCCAUCUCGGGGCUGACGGGCUUCCAGCGCAGCCUCUGGAUGGCUGCCAAACACGGCAAGAGGAAGGGACUGCAGCAGGUCAAGCAGCACAUGAAGAAAACGCGCAGUAAAACAGAGGGGCCAGCUGUCACUUCGUGGGACUGGGUGCACGUCAGCAGCAUCAACAACCUGGUGGACGUGCACGCGCUGUACGUCGGGGGGGAGCCGCUGGAGAAGGAGGCACGAGAGCUCUUUGUGAAAGGGACCAUGGCCGACAUCAGGAAUCACUUCCAGGACCUGAUGUCAUACUGUGCCCGUGAUGUCCGGGCCACCCACGAGGUGUUUCAGGAGCAGCUGCCACUCUUCAUGGAGAGGUGCCCCCACCCUGUGACGUUUGCAGGGAUGCUGGAGAUGGGGGUGUCCUACCUUCCGGUCAAUGGGAACUGGAAGAGGUACCUGGAUGAUGCUCAGGGCAUCUAUGAGGAGCUGCAGAAGGAGAUGAAGAAGUCCCUGAUGAACCUGGCCAACGAUGCCUGCCAGCUGCUGCACGAGGACAGGUACAGGGAUGACCCCUGGCUCUGGGAUCUCGAGUGGGACACGCAGGAGUUUAAGCAGAAGAAGAAUCCAGGGAAGAAGAAGAAGAAGAAGGAUCAGGAUGGGAACAACAAAGCCCCUGCAGAGGUGGUGGGCUCAGAGGAGUCCAUGCAGGAGUGGCAGGAAGACCCUGGCCCCCCCAGUGAGGACGAAGAGCUGAAAGCCCCUGUGAGCCAGGUCCGCCUGGAGCAUCUGAAGGAGACGGUUGCGCUGCAACCCAAGAGACUCCAGCAUCUGCCAGGCCAUCCGGGCUGGUACCGCAAGCUGUGCCCACGCCUGGAUGAGGCAGGGUGGGUGCCAGGACCCAGCCUCAUCAGCCUGCAGAUGAGGGUGACCCCGAAGCUGAUGCGCCUGGCCUGGGACGGCUUCCCCCUCCAUUACUCAGAGAAGCACGGCUGGGGUUACCUGGUGCCGGGGCGGCAGGACAAUUUGCCAGCAGCCCCCUCAGAGGUGGAGGGCCCUCCCUGCCCACACAGGGUGAUCGAGUACCUGUACAGGCAGCACUGCCGGGAGAAAGGCAAGGAGCAGCCCCCAGGGCUGGAGGCUGCCGUGGAGGAGGAGCUGCUGGUGAUGGAUGGCAGCACCAUGUGGCAGAAGGUGGAGGAGCUGAGCCAGCUGGAGGUGGACAUGGAGGAGAAAAUGGGCAGAGCGGACCAGAGCCUGGCACAGGAGGAGAUGAAUGAGCUGUGCGAGCGGAUGGAGGCGAGGAGCCAGCCCUCGUACCACCAUGGCAAUGGUCCCUACAACGAUGUCAACAUCCCUGGGUGCUGGUUCUUCAAGCUGCCUCACAAGGAUGGGAACGAGAACAAUGUGGGAAGCCCUUUUGCCAAGGAUUUCCUGCCCCAAAUGGAGGACGGCACCCUGCGGGCUGCUGUGGGUCGCACCCAUGGGACCAGAGCCCUUGAGAUUAACAAGAUGAUCUCAUUUUGGAGGAAUGCUCACAAGCGGAUCAGUUCCCAGAUGGUGGUGUGGCUGAAGAAAGGGGACCUGCCUCGCGUGGUGACCAGGCACCCCGACUAUAACGAGGAGGAUGAUUACGGAGUGGAGGCGGCAGGGGUGGUGGAGGAGCAGGGCUUGCGCUGAGCUUGGCAUCGUGUCCCGCAGGCUGACCGGGUGGGCAGCGAGCUGAAAGCCAUGGUCCAAGUGCCGCCUGGCUACGCCCUGGUGGGUGCAGACGUGGAUUCCCAGGAGCUCUGGAUAGCCGCUGUCCUUGGCGAGGCGCACUUUGCCGGCAUGCAUGGCUGCACGGCCUUCGGCUGGAUGACUCUGCAGGGGAAGAAGAGCAACGCGACAGACCUGCACAGCAAGACGGCCGCCACAGUGGGCAUCAGCCGGGAGCACGCCAAGAUCUUCAACUAUGGGCGCAUCUACGGGGCCGGGCAGCCCUUCGCCGAGCGGCUGCUGAUGCAGUUCAACCAUCGGCUGACCCAGCAGCAGGCGCGCGAGAAGGCUCAGCAGAUGUACGCGGUCACCAAGGGCGUCCGGAGGUUUCAUCUCACUGAGGAGGGGGAGUGGCUGGGGGGGGGCGAGCUGAAAGCCAUGGUCCAAGUGCCGCCUGGCUACGCCCUGAGAGAAGCCGUGAAAAGGUCCCGGAGGAAGAAGAAGUGGGACGUGGUGGGGCACCGAGUGUGGUCUGGAGGAACUGAGUCUGAAAUGUUCAACAAGCUGGAGAGCAUCGCCUUAUCCCCCUCGCCGCAGACCCCAGUGCUGGGCUGUCACAUCAGCAGGGCCUUGGAGCCCGCCGUGGCCAAGGGGGAGUUUCUGACCAGCAGAGUGAACUGGGUGGUGCAGAGCUCGGCCGUUGACUACCUGCACCUCAUGCUGGUCGCCAUGAAGUGGCUCUUUGAGGAGUUUGACAUCAACGGGCGCUUCUGCAUCAGCAUCCACGACGAGGUGCGCUACCUGGUCCAGCAGCAGGAUCGCUACCGGGCAGCCCUGGCCCUGCAGAUCACCAACCUCCUGACGCGGUGCAUGUUUGCCUACAAACUGGGCCUCCAGGAUCUGCCGCAGUCAGUGGCUUUCUUCAGCGCAGUGGACAUUGACCAGUGCUUAAGGAAAGAGGUGACCAUGAACUGCGCGACACCAUCCAAUCCAACUGGGAUGGAGAAGAAAUACGGCAUCCCUCAAGGAGAAGCGCUGGAUAUAUAUCAGCUAAUUGAAAUAACCAAAGGCUCGCUGGAGAAGAAAUGAUGACGCUAGAGUGCCGGGAUGACAACUGCCCAGAGAGCCUGCCAGAGCCUGGCUGCCCUUUCAGAAGAUUGUUUGGCAGGGACUGAUCCUGGUCACGCUGUUUCUUUUUUGCUGUAAGAAGGGAUGGUCCUGGGGAAGAAGAUUUCGAUAGCAGCACAUUCAAAUAGCAGAGGCGCUUCUGAGGGCAGCAGCCAGCUGCAAAAGAGCUGAGACAGCGGCCUGAGUCACUGCUUGCACGCCCGUGGGCACAAAGGAAGAAGUCAUAAGUAUUUGGCAAGAGAAAUGACAAACCAUCAUCUCCAUACACGCAGUUCUCCGGGACAGGCACUGUGGGGGGAGGC